UUAGGUUAGGUUAGGUUAGGUUAAUUAGGUUAGAUGAGAACGCAACUUGGGUUACGUGAAGUGUGUACAGUGAAAAAACAAUUCGUCAAGUUGAGUGAAAAAUGUCGGGAUGCAGGAAAAAGAACAAGAACAACAAAUUAUUGCAAAAAAGGUCCCGGUACGUUCUCGGCAAGGAGCAGAGAUACCAUCAGAAAAUAGACAGGGAAUCGGAGGAAUCGGACAAGGAGAAUGAAGAGAUAGAAUUAAUAGACGAAUGGCCGUUACCUUUCUACGUGGCUAUGUGGGAUCUGAAGCACUGCGAUCCUAAGAAAUGUACUGGCAAACAGUUGAUAAAACAUAACUUGAUGAAGAUACUGAAAUUAGGCACUCUAUUUCCAGGCUUGUGUCUUACUCCACUUGGUAAUAAGUAUGUGACAGCAAUGGAUCGCGAGAUAGUGCAAAAACAUGGCUGUGCAGUAGUGGAUUGUAGUUGGUCGCGUAUAGACGACAUUCCCUUUCAUAAAAUGAGAACAUCUCAUUCUCGCAUAUUGCCAUUUUUGGUUGCUACUAAUCCAGUAAACUAUGGAAAACCUUGUGAAUUGAGUUGUGUCGAAGCUAUAGCAGCUACUUUAAUUAUAACUGGAUUCCCAGAUGAAGCUAAGCUCUAUCUUGAAAAAUUUCGGUGGGGACACUCAUUCUUAAAACUGAAUGGCGAACUAUUGGAAAAGUACGCUCGUUGCACAAACACUGAAGAAGUGAUAGCAGUACAAGAUAAUUUUCUAAAAGAUGCUAGACAGGAGAAAAUAGAUAGACAUGCACUUUCUGAUUUUCCACAAAGUGAUGUGGAAUCUGAAGAAGAGGGAAAGAAAGAUCAGAAUAUAUCUGAAAUAACUAAAGAAUUAGCUAGUACAGAAAUAUAAGGUAUAAUAUUUAUUAUUUAACAAGAUAUUUGACAAGUACAAACACUUGUGUACAUAUUUUGUAUAUUUUAUUGGAAUAAUGAUUAUUUAACUGUAUUAUACUAUAUAGAAAGAAAGAUUAUGUGCAUAAUAUUGUGUGUAUAUAUACAUAUAA